AUGCUUCGAGAAGAAUUCCCGAGCUCAGCCAAUCCAACAGCGGGGAGGUGGGAGCAGGGUUUGGAUGCUACAUUAGUAUAACACUCACGGAAUUCUAUGAUGGUAGAAUCUGAAAUUAAAUGUGUGUGUAUAAUGUAAAAUAAUGUAUUUUUAUGAAAACAGAAUGAAAACCUGUCUAAACAGAAAGAGACACAAUCAGACGAACAGAGAACUACUGGGAGCAAAGACCAACAAGGGCCACGUACGAGGUAAAAAGCAAAUUUAGAUAUUAAAGGGACACCGUAGGCACUGUAACUGCUUUUCCCCAUUAAAGUAUCGAAUGUCUCCUGGCUCUGUGCUUCCGUAAGUGUUAAAUCAUUUUUAAUGUCAAGCGAGAGCAUCCAGCACCCAUCCUCUCUGUGCUGCCUGGGGUAAUGAGGAAGUGUAAGUUUUAGUAGCAGUGGGAGGCUGUUAUUGGCUGUGACUGUCAGCUGACCAUAUUCAGCCUAUCACAGCACCCACUGCUGGUAGGAAUUGGUAUGGCUAGAAGGAAGUGAAUAAUCCCUGCCUUAGCCACACCUCCAGUGGGGGCGGGUUGAGGGUGGUUAGGGACCCUUAUAUAGCAUGAAACUGCUCGAAAAUGGUUUAACACUGAAUGGUGGGACUGCACCAGGGGGCUACAGGCACCAUAAUCCUUUCAAUGAUAUGAAAUAGUUAUAGUGCCUGCAGUGUCCCUUUUAAUACAAUGAUCUGUAAUAAUACCAUAAACUAUAGUGGUCUAGGUGCUUGGUACCACCCUUUAUAAAGUACCCUUUUAUUAUUUAAUCCAUAAUGUUUGCACUUUUUGAAUACAAUUUAAAAAAAAAAAAAGUUUGAGGCUCAUUUGCACCAAAUAUUCACACCCCGAAUGGUGUAUUUGCAGAAAAUCCCUUUACCCUUACCUAUUUUUAACAAAUUCUAUAUAUAUAUUAUAUUAAUUUUUUAUUUUUUUAUCCAGAAAUAAAGAAAAUGUGCUGUAUUCACAGACACAUUGUGAAUUAUGAGUUUAUACUAGCAAACCCCUAACAAUUACCCCCAAUGUAUGGAGAACACCAUGUGUUUAUAGCUCUAAUAUAGGUAUAUAUGUUCUGCUUCACAUAUUGCUCUGGUUUUAUUAUAACAAUAGAUACAAAUUAUAACAAUCUCAUGCUGGUAGUUUGUGAACUCAUCAUUUUUAAAUUGUUUCCACCAGAUCUUCAGAUCCAGCACAUUAUAUAUCCGUGUAUUUCCAUGUUAUUGUUUCCAAUGAUUUUAAAAUCAAACCUGAUGAAGAUAAAGUUGUAGUGCGGGCGGAAAGGAUAAGUCAAUACAGCAAUUGGAAAGACAAUGUCUGUGAAAUGAAUUUCACAAGGUAAAUCACUGUAUAUGACUGUCUUGUAUAAUAAUAUUUGAGUUUGGCUGCAUGGGUUACUUGUGGAAAGUGCCUUUUUUGUAUUUAUUAGUAAAAAAGACAAUUUAAAUUGACACUAAAUUGGCACAUUUUGUGUUGUCCCCCUCCCCCCCCAUGCUCUUUUUCGCAUCCCAUCCCCCCUCAAUUUUUUUGUUUUGUUUUUUACAUCUAUGCUUUUUACUAAGUUAAACUUUUUAAAUAAGACUUGUUUAUGGUGCCAGAUCUUCUUCCUAUCCAGCGCCAUGUUUAGUAAGCUAGCAGUGACAUUUGUUCUCUGGCAUCUUCUUCACGAUUCUGAUCUUGCGCAUGCCCAGUAACUAAAUCUCGUUACUGCCCAAGAUCGAGACUCAGGGAGAUUGUACUGGGCAUGCACAAUAAGCGAUGGAAGACAGACGAGCCUCGUGAGAUCGGAAGAUUUUACUUGACAGUGUAGGUGGCUCUGCCACCUCAAACUUACCUUUGUUCUACUGCUUCCUCUUCUCUUCCUCACAUGACUGCUGACUCCUUCAAUCACUAAAUCCCGUUACCCUUCCAUUCCCAAUAAGUAACUCAACGCCAUGUUAAGUGGUUAAGGGCAACGACCACAACUUUAUUUAAAUCAACACAACCAAAUACUGUCAGUGGCUGGUUUUACCCAGCACACAGGUUCACUUUAAACUUCUUCCAGAGCCUCUUCAUCCUGUCCUUCGUCAUCAACCAAAUUCAGGCUGUUACUCCCAAAGCCCAUCCGGGAAUUAUUCAUUUACCAAACUUGCUGACACAGGAAACCCGCCACUGCACCUCCCCCCACCUCUAUUACAGGGGUUCAAUUAUUGAUUGUAACCCCAUAUUAAAUGUAUCCAAACCAAUAUAAAUAAGAUGUACGAAUUCAGUAUGCAUAACCUUCUGGUGUUCUCCUUCUAGUUCAACAUAGUCACAUAGUUACAUAGUCACAUAGUUACAUGGCUGAAAAUAGACUUGUAUCCAUUAAGUUCAGCCUUCCUCACAUAUGUUUUUGCUGUUGAUCCAAAAGAAGGCAAAAAACCUAGUCUGAAGCUAAUUAGAAAUUAUAUCCCUGUAUGUUAUGUUUUUGCCAGUAUUUAUCCAAUUGCAGUUUAAACAUCUACAGGGAGUGCAGAAUUAUUAGGCAAGUUGUAUUUUUGAGGAUUAAUUUUAUUAUUGAACAACAACCAUGUUCUCAAUGAACCCAAAAAACUCAUUAAUAUCAAAGCUGAAUAUUUUUGGAAGUAGUUUUUAGUUUGUUUUUAGUUUUAGCUAUGUUAGGGGGAUAUCUGUGUGUGCAGGUGACUAUUACUGUGCAUAAUUAUUAGGCAACUUAACAAAAAACAAAUAUAUACCCAUUUCAAUUAUUUAUUAUUACCAGUGAAACCAAUAUAACAUCUCAACAUUCACAAAUAUACAUUUCUGACAUUCAAAAACAAAACAAAAACAAAUCAGUGACCAAUAUAGCCACCUUUCUUUGCAAGGACACUCAAAAGCCUGCCAUCCAUGGAUUCUGUCAGUGUUUUGAUCUGUUCACCAUCAACAUUGCGUGCAGCAGCAACCACAGCCUCCCAGACACUGUUCAGAGAGGUGUACUGUUUUCCCUCCUUGUAAAUCUCACAUUUGAUGAUGGACCACAGGUUCUCAAUGGGGUUCAGAUCAGGUGAACAAGGAGGCCAUGUCAUUAGAUUUUCUUCUUUUAUACCCUUUCUUGCCAGCCACGCUGUGGAGUACUUGGACGCGUGUGAUGGAGCAUUGUCCUGCAUGAAAAUCAUGUUUUUCUUGAAGGAUGCAGACUUCUUCCUGUACCACUGCUUGAAGAAGGUGUCUUCCAGGAACUGGCAGUAGGACUGGGAGUUGAGCUUGACUCAUCCUCAACCCGAAAAGGCCCCCCUCAUCUUUGAUGAUACCAGCCCAAACCAGUACUCCACCUCCACCUUGCUGGCGUCUGAGUCGGACUGGAGCUCUCUGCCCUUUACCAAUCCAGCCACGGGCCCAUCCAUCUGGCCCAUCAAGACUCACUCUCAUUUCAUCAGUCCAUAAAACCUUAGAAAAAUCAGUCUUGAGAUAUUUCUUGGCCCAGUCUUGACGUUUCAGCUUGUGUGUCUUGUUCGGUGGUGGUCGUCUUUCAGCCUUUCUUACCUUGGCCAUGUCUCUGAGUAUUGCACACCUUGUGCUUUUGGGCACUCAGUGAUGUUGCAGCUCUGAAAUAUGGCCAAACUGGUGGCAAGUGGCAUCGUGGCAGCUGCACGCUUGACUUUUCUCAGUUCAUGGGCAGUUAUUUUGCGCCUUGGUUUUUCCACACGCUUCUUACGACCCUGUUGACUAUUUUGAAUGAAACGCUUGAUUGUUCGAUGAUCACGCUUCAGAAGCUUUGCAAUUUUAAGAGUGCUGCAUCCCUCUGCAAGAUAUCUCACUAUUUUUGACUUUUCUGAGCCUGUCAAGUCCUUCUUUGACCCAUUUUGCCAAAGGAAAGGAAGUUGCCUAAUAAUUAUGCACACCUGAUAUAGGGUGUUGAUGUCAUUAGACCACACCCCUUCUCAUUACAGAGAUGCACAUCACCUAAUAUGCUUAAUUGGUAGUAGGCUUUCGAGCCUAUACAGCUUGGAGUAAGACAACAUGCAUAAAGAGGAUGAUGUGGUCAAAAUACUCAUUUGCCUAAUAAUUCUGCACUCCCUGUAUAUGGACUCUGACAAAACCACCUCUUCAGGCAGAGAAUUCCACAUCCUGAUUGCUCAUACUGUAAAAAAAACCUUUUCUUUGCCUUAGAUGAAAUCUCCUUUCUUCCAGCCUAAAUGUGUGACCUCGUGUCCUAUGUAUAGCUCUGUUUAUGAAUAGAUUUCCAGAUAAAGGUUUGUAUUGGCCCCGAAUAUAUUUGUAUAAAGUUAUUAUAUCCCCUCUGAGGCACCGUUUUUCCAAACGAAAUAGAUUUAAAUUUUUUAACCUUUCUUCAUAACUAAAAUGCUCCAUUCCUUUUAUCAAUUUUGUAGCUCGUGUCUGCACUAUUUCUAGUGCCAUGAUAUCCUUCUUUAGAACAGGUGCCCAAAAUUGCACAGCAUAUUCAAGGUGUGGUCUUACCAGUGAUUUAUAAAGAGACAAAGUUAUAUUUUCAUCCCGAGAAUUUAUGCCCCUAUUUAUACAUGACAAAACCUUACUGGCCUUAGCAACUGCAGAUUGACAUUGCAUAUUGCUGCCUAAUUUGUUGUCUAUAAUAAUUCCCAAAUCCUUCUCGUGUGUGGUUAUCCCUAAUUCACUACCAUUUAGGGUGUAAGUUCCUUGUGCAUUCUUGACCCCGAAGUGCAUAAAUUUGUAUUUCUCUACAUUAAAUUUCAUCUGCCUUUUUAGUGCCCAGUCCCCCAAUCUAUCCAAAUCCCUCUUCAGCAAAGCAAUAUCCUGCUCACACGUUAUUACUUUACAAAGUUUUGUGUCAUCUGCAAACACUAAAACAUGGCUUUCAAUGCCUAUUGCAAGAUCAUUUAUGAAUAUGUUAAAUAGAAGCGGUCCCAAAACAGAACCCUAGAAUGUGACGGCAGAUUAGAACCAUUCGGCCCAUCUAUUCUGCCCAAUUUUCUAAAUACUUUCAUUAGUCCCUGGCCUUAUCUUAUAGCUAGAUAAGGCCUUAUGCCUAGCCUUAUGCCUACCCCACGCAUGCUUGAACUCCUUUACUGUGUUAACCUCUACCAACUGAGCAGGAAGGCUAUUCCAUGCAUCCACUACCCUCUCAGAAAAGUAAUACUUCCAGAUAUUAUUUUUAAACCAUUGCUCCUCUAAUUUAAGACUAUGUCCUCUUGUUGUGGUAGUUUUUCUUCUUUUCAAUAUAGUCUCCUCCUUUACUUUGUUGAUUCCCUUUAUGUAUUUAACUGUUUCUAUCAUAUCCCCCCGUCUUUCCUCCAAGCUAUACAUGUUAAGUUCCUUUAACCUUUCCUUGUAAAUUUUAUCCUGCAAUCCAUGAACCAGUUUAGUAGCCUGUAGCAGAAUGGACUAUGCUACCGUACUCUUAUACCGGCUCCGAGCUGUCCGUGCCCAUUUUCCCCCUUCUCGUUGUCCCCUAUGUUUGGGACUUGCAGUACAUGUGUGAGACAUAUUCCCCUCUCAUUGAAACUUAAGCUUUUCUCCUGUUUCGCCUGGCCGUUCGUUCAAUUCCAUUCCCCUAAGUUGUUCUCUUUGACAACUGAACAAACUACCGAACAGUAGACCACCCAGAUGUGGAGUGUGCUGCUAAUUAACACCGUUCACACCUCCAUAAACCGCAACUACACAAACAUUUUAAUCCGUCGGCUGGGUGGUCGCCGUUCAUAUAGGCGAACACGUGGUGGCGGCCAUCUUGGAACACGAACAAAGACAGCGGUGUUUGGUCAUCGAGUGUGUGGAACUAAAAUCGGACACUCAACAGCACAAACACCGCUGGGACUGCCACCUUCAGUUACUUCGUGAGGAAGCACACGAACAGAGCGUCAUUCAGGGGGAUCAACCUCCCAAACCAGAGAUUCAUAUGAACGGACACACGAACAGAUUGCCAUAUUAUUUUAUAUUUUUUUUCGUACUCCCGAAAGAGACCGACCUCACAGCCUAUUUUCAUGGAACUGUUUUGGGCAGGUGCCUUGUGUGCGGUCAAUCUAAACUAUACACCGGUGGCGUUUCGACUGCGUUUGUAGGAUCUGAGCACUUUUCAGAUAUCCUGGGUGCUCAGACCCAAGCUAUCUGGGGAUAUAGUACUUGAGGGGAUGCCUUAUGGGGAAAUGCAUAUUUUGGGGUGUUAAAUAUUUUACAUGUCCUGGACCUGAGAGCUAAUGUAAUUGUCUUGUGUAUUUUGCCCUGUCUACUCUCAGGUCCAGUGUGGAAUGCCCCUGGAAUAUGUAUUUGGAAACCCCUUGCAGGGGAAUUCUCAUAAAAGGCCAGCUGUGGCUCCAUUAAAAUCAGUUUUACCCCCAGAGCUGAGUGUCGUCCAGUUUCUGGGGAGGUGUUGAGAGAAUCUUGGACUACUUUACUGCAUUUGGCUGUUUACUUGGAGUAGUUUACUUGUCCCUGAGUACAUCUUUGAGUAACCAGCAGAGAAGAGUCCCUGCUAGGACUAGCGCUCCGCUACAUAGCCCUUCUCUGAACGCUCUCUAAAGUAUCAAUAUCCUUCUGAAGAUACGGUCUCCAGUACUGUGUACAAUACUCCAAGUGAGGUCUCACCAGUGUUCUGUACAAUGGCAUAAGCACUUCCCUCUUUCUACUGCUAAUACCUCUCCCUAUACAACCAAGCAUUCUGCUAGCAUUUCCUGAUGCUCUAUUACAUUGUCUGCCUACCUUUAAGUCAUCAGAAAUAAUCACCCCUAAAAAAUCCCUUUCCUCAUAUGUUGAGGUUAGGACUCUAUCAAAUAUUCUGUACUCUGCCCUUGGGUUUUUACGUCCAAGAUGCAUUAUCUUGCACUUAUCCACAUUAAAUGUCAGUUGCCACAAUUCUGACCAUUUUUCUAGUUUACCUAAAUCAUUUGCCAUUUGGCUUAUCCCUCCUGGAACAUCAACCCUGUUACAUAUCUUAGUAUCAUCAACAAAUCAAGACUUUCUGCAAUAUCACUAAUAACAUUAUUAAAGAGAAUGGGUCCAAGUACAGAUCCCUGAUGUACCCCACUGGUGACAAGCCCAUGCUUUGAAUAUACUCCACUGACUACAGCCCUCUGUUGCCUGUCACUCAGCCACUGCCUUACCCAUUCAACAAUAUUGGAAUCCAAACUUAAAUAUUGCAGUUUAUUGAUAAGCCUUCUAUGUGCAACAGUGUCAAAAGCCUUAUUGAAAUCUAGGUAAGCAAUGUCUACUGCACCACCCUGAUCUAUAAUCUUAGUUACCUAAUCAAAAAACUCAAUAAGAUUAGUUUGGCAUGAUCUCCCUGAAGUAAACCCAUGUUGUCUCUGAUCUUGAAAUCCAUGUGUUUUUAGAUGUUCAACAAUCCUACCCUUUAACAUGGUUUCCAUCACUUUCCCCACUACUGAAGUAAGGCUUACUGGCCUAUAGUUGCCCGACUCCUCCCUAUUACCUUUCUUGUAAAUGGGCACAACAUUCGCUAACUUCCAAUCUUCUGGGACUACUCCUGUUAACAAUGAUUGGUUAAAUAAAUCUGUUAAUGGUUUUGCUAGUACACCACUAAGCUGUUUUAAUAGCUUUGGGUGUAUUCCAUCAGGUCCCACUUUCCGCUGGUGAUGUAAUAUGCCCCUUAUAUUUCCGCUGGUGAUGCAAUAUGCCCCUUAUAUUUCCAUUGGUGAUGUAAUAUGCCCCUUAUAUUUCCGCUGGUGAUGUAAUAUGCCCCUUAUAUUUCCGUUGGUGAUGUAAUAUGCCCCUUAUAUUUCCGUUGGUGAUGUAAUAUGCUCCUUAUAUUUCCGUUGGUGAUGUAAUAUGCUCCUUAUCUUUCCGCUGGUGACGUAAUAUGCUCCUUAUCUUUCUGCUGGUGCUGUAAUAUGCUCCUUAUCUUUCCGCUGGUGAUGUUAUAUGCUCCUUAUCUUUCCGUUGGUGAUGUAAUAUGCUCCUUAUCUUUCCGCUGGUUCUGUAAUAUGCUCCAUAUCUUUCCGCUGGUGCUGUAAUACCUUUCCGCUGGUGAUGUAAUAUGCUCCUUAUCUUUCUGCUGGUGCUGUAAUAUGCUCCUUAUCUUUCCGCUGGUGAUGUAAUAUGCUCCUUAUCUUUCCGCUGGUGCUGUAAUAUGCUCCUUAUCUUUCUGCUGGUGCUGUAAUAUGCUCCUUAUCUUUCCGCUGGUGAUGUAAUAUGCUCCUUAUCUUUCUGCUGGUGCUGUAAUAUGCUCCUUAUCUUUCCGCUGGUGAUGUAAUAUGCUCCUUAUCUUUCCGCUGGUUCUGUAAUAUGCUCCUUAUCUUUCCGCUGGUGCUGUAAGAUGCUCCUUAUCUUUCCGCUGGUGACGUAAUAUGCUCCUUAUCUUUCCGCUGGUGACGUAAUAUGCUCCUUAUCUUUCCGCUGGUGAUGUAAUAUGCUCCUUAUCUUUCCGCUGGUGCUGUAAUAUGCUCCUUAUCUUUCCGCUGGUGACGUAAUAUGCUCCUUAUCUUUCCGCUGGUGCUGUAAUAUGCUCCUUAUCUUUCCGCUGGUGCUGUAAUAUGCUCCUUAUCUUUCCGCUGGUUCUGUAAUAUGCUCCUUAUCUUUCCGCUGGUUCUGUAAUAUGCUCCUUAUCUUUCCGCUGGUGCUGUAAUAUGCUCCUUAUCUUUCCGCUGGUUCUGUAAUGUGCUCCUUAUCUUUCCGCUGGUGACGUAAUAUGCUCCUUAUCUUUCCGCUGGUGACGUAAUAUGCUCCUUAUCUUUCCGCUGGUUCUGUGAUGUAAUAUGCUCCUUAUCUUUCCGCUGGUGACGUAAUAUGCUCCUUAUCUUUCCGCUGGUGACGUAAUAUGCUCCUUAUCUUUCCGCUGGUGCUGUAAUAUGCUCCUUAUCUUUCCGCUGGUGAUGUAAUAUGCUCCUUAUCUUUCCGCUGGUGACGUAAUAUGCUCCUUAUCUUUCCGAUGGUGCUGUAAUCUGCUCCUUAUCUUUCCGCUGGUGCUGUAAUAUCUUUCCGCUGGUGAUGUAAUAUGCUCCAUAUCUUUCCGCUGGUUCUGUAAUAUGCUCCUUAUCUUUCCGCUGGUUCUGUAAUAUGCUCCUUAUCUUUCCGCUGGUGCUGUAAUAUGCUCCUUAUCUUUCCGCUGGUGCUGUAAUAUGCUCCCUUAUCUUCCGCUGGUGCUGUAAUAUGCCUUAUCUUUACGCUGGUGAUGUAAUAUGCUCUAUCUUCCGCUGGUGCUGUAAUAUGUUUCCUUAUCUUUCCGCUGGUGCUGUAAUAUGCUCUUAUCUUUCCGCUUGUUCUGUAAUAUGCUCCUUAUCUUUCCGCUGGUUCUGUAAUAUGCUCCUUAUCUUUCCGCUGGUGAUGUAAUAUGCUCCUUAUCUUUCCGCUGGUGAUGUAAUAUGCUCCUUAUCUUUCCGCUGGUGCUGUAAUAUGCUCCUUAUCUUUCCGCUGGUGAUGUAAUAUGCUCCUUAUCUUUCCGCUGGUGACGUAAUAUGCUCCUUAUCUUUCCGCUGGUGAUGUAGUAUGCCCCUUAUCUUUCCGCUGGUGAUGUAAUAUGCCCCUUAUCUUUCCGCUGGUGAUGUAAUAUGCCCCUUAUCUUUCCGCUGGUGCUGUAAUAUGCCCCUUAUAUUUCCGUUGGUGAUGUAAUAUGCUCCUUAUCUUUCCGCUGGUUCUGUAAUAUGCUCCUUAUCUUUCCGCUGGUGAUGUAAUAUGCUCCUUAUCUUUCCGCUGGUUCUGUAAUAUGCUCCUUAUCUUUCCGCUGGUGAUGUAAUAUGCUCCUUAUCUUUCCGCUGGUGAUGUAAUAUGCUCCUUAUCUUUCCGCUGGUGAUGUAAUAUGCUCCUUAUCUUUCCGCUGGUGAUGUAAUAUGCUCCUUAUCUUUCCGCUGGUGAUGUAAUAUGCUCCUUAUCUGUCCGCUGGUGACGCAAAAAGCUCCUUCUGUUUCCGCUGGUGACGUAAUAUGCUCCUUAUCUUUCCGCUGGUGACGUAAUAUGCUCCUUAUCUUUCCAUUGGUGAUGUAAUAUGCUCCUUAUCUUUCCGCUGGUGAUGUAAUAUGCUCCUUAUCUUUCCGCUGGUGAUGUAAUAUGCUCCUUAUCUUUCCACUGGUGAUGUAAUAUGCUCCUUAUCUUUCCGCUGGUGACGCAAAAAGCUCCUUCUGUUUCCGCUGGUGCUGUAACUGUUGAUGAUCAUUUCUUCUUCUUGUAUUCUGUUCAGAUUUUUUUAUUUUAUUGUUUUUUGAUGCAUUUGAGAUAAAACAUUUAGAAAGACAUUUCUGAUUUUUAAGAAAUCAAAUGGUAGAGUAAUUAACUUAUAACCCCGUCACCCCCAGUGCCACCAUCUGUGAAAUUGCUAACUUUUAAUAUUCUUUUCAUUUCUCAAGGAAUUUGGACCAUCACGGUUUCCUUUAUGAAGGUUGCGCAAAACUUCACAAAAGCAAUAUUGAUAAAAAUAUUCCAUACAAGUAUGUAGUUAUGCGUAAAGGCAAGGAAUUGGAGUAUGAAUACAUUUAUUAUGUUGAUAGUCAAGACCGCUCACAUGUGAAUCGUUGUCUUAAUUUACCACCAAGGCUUACAACUGAAAGAGGUAGGAAGCACCUUUCAUUCAAAACUCUAUUCUACUUCUGUUUCUCUAUCUUUAAACCGAUGAUGCUGACUAUUUUUACAGACUAUUCCUAAUUAAUAAAAGGAACUACUAAUUUAUUAUUCUUUCAAUUGACCCUGCUUUUAAGGAUUUUUUUGCUGAUCAUAUAUCGCACUCUAUAAAGUGCCUACAUCUUCAAUAAAAAUACAUUUAAAAAAAACUGUUUAUACCUUGUAGUGAAGAGGAUUUUUUGUACGUAUAAUAAAAGAUUUGUAGGUGAUUUUUAUUUUUCCUCGGGCACGUUGGACACAGAAAAUACAUCAUUAACGUUCAAUAGUUAGCUGUUCCUGCCCUCUGAUUGGCUACUAACAUAAUGUUCCCCUGGCAUUCCUUAUGUUAAUAAAAUAAAAGAGGGUUUGACUACUGUAAUGCAGAUCCAAGAUGAUGAACUCGUGCAUAAAGGACUAUGACGCACUGAGCUCCUAUCUCCCUGUCCAGUUUCCUACCCUUUCCGCCCCUCACUGCUAUUGGUGGGACCAUCCUAAAACUGCUCUAGAACUCCGGCUCGGCCACUUACUUUUGGAUUUCCUAGUCAUCAUGGACCUUCAUGGUCCCCACAUUGAGCAGAUGCUUGUUUUGGACAUUUUAGUCUAAAUGUUACAAUUAUUUCCUCUUUUGUUUUCAGAAUGGCAUCAAUAUGACGACAUUUGCAUGAAAGAAGACAAGAGCUUCUUCAAGAAAAUAAAAGAGGCUGGAAAAAACCUAAUGGGCUUGGUGUCAGACCAAUAUAAGAACAUUUAUAAAGCGAAAGAGAUAGCAGGCGAGGUCAUGCUUGAUAGUAUCUUCAGUAUUCUCAGCACCUGCGAUUCUAUCAAUUUGUCAAGUUUUUUUAAUCAGCUCCACCAGUUUUAUUUUGUGUACACAAACCCGUUGUUGUUUGGUAAAUACCUGAUAAAAUGGACUGCUCUUGAAUUUGGAGAGAAACAGGUAAAAUAUGAUGUUAUGUUAAGAUGCUAA